CUCUCCGGUCGAGUCGGUCUUGUUCUACGCAAUCACCACCCUGCACAACCUACUGCUGUACCAGGAAGGCGCCAAAAUGGCCGUGCGCCUGGCUGACGGCCUCCAGAAGAUGGUUCCCCUGCUGAACAAGAACAACCCGAAAUUCCUCGCCAUCACCACUGACUGCCUUCAGCUCCUAGCCUACGGGAACCAGGAGAGCAAGCUGAUCAUUUUGGCCAACGGGGGACCCCAAGCCCUGGUGCAGAUCAUGCGCAGCUACACCUACGAGAAGCUGCUCUGGACCACCAGCCGGGUGCUCAAGGUCCUGUCUGUGUGUCCCAGCAACAAGCCUGCCAUUGUGGAGGCCGGUGGCAUGCAGGCUCUGGGGAAACAUCUGACCAGCUCUAGCCCACGUCUCGUACAGAACUGCCUGUGGACCUUGAGGAACCUCUCUGAUGUGGCCACCAAGCAGGAGGGUCUAGAUGGUGUCCUCAAGAUCUUGGUCAACCAGCUGAGCUCGGACGACGUGAACGUGCUGACUUGCGCCACCGGCACCCUCUCCAACCUGACCUGCAACAACAGCAAAAACAAGACCCUGGUCACGCAGUCCAACGGGGUGGAAGCCCUGAUCCACACCAUCCUGAGGGCGGGCGACAAGGAGGACAUCACCGAGCCGGCUGUCUGCGCCCUGCGGCACCUCACCAGCCGGCACCCGGAGGCAGAGAUGGCCCAGAACUCGGUGCGGCUCAACUACGGCAUCCCGGCGAUCGUCAAGCUCCUCAACCAGCCCAAUCAGUGGCCGCUGGUCAAGGCCACUAUCGGUCUGAUCCGCAACCUGGCCCUGUGCCCGGCUAACCAUGCCCCACUGCAGGAGGCUGCCGUGAUCCCUCGCCUGGUCCAGCUGCUGGUGAAGGCUCACCAAGACGCCCAGCGCCAUGUGGCAGCUGGCACACAGCAGCCGUACACAGAUGGAGUGAAGAUGGAGGAGAUAGUGGAGGGGUGCACAGGAGCCCUGCAUAUCCUGGCCCGGGACCCAAUGAACCGCAUGGAGAUCUUCCGACUCAACACGAUUCCUCUCUUUGUGCAGCUGCUCUACUCCCCGGUGGAGAACAUCCAGCGGGUGGCAGCCGGAGUGCUGUGCGAGCUGGCCCAGGACAAGGAAGCUGCUGACACGAUUGAUGCCGAGGGGGCCUCUGCUCCGCUGAUGGAGCUGCUGCAUUCCAGGAACGAAGGCACAGCCACCUAUGCUGCAGCCGUGCUGUUCCGCAUCUCCGAGGACAAAAACCCCGACUACAGGAAACGCGUCUCCGUCGAGCUCACCAACUCCCUCUUCAAACACGACCCUGCCGCCUGGGAAGCAGCGCAGAGCAUGAUUCCAAUCAACGAGCCAUACCCAGAGGAUAUGGAUGCUGGUUAUCGUAUGUAUUCGGGUGACGACCCCUUGGACAUGAACAUGGAUAUGGACGGAGACUAUCCCAUGGACACCUACAGCGAUGGCGUCCGAGGACACUACCCCGAACACAUGCUCGCCUAACCCGCUCCUCAGGCACUGCACAAGGGUGUAUUCUCCGGCCAGAAGAGGGUGGCUCCAGAGCUGAGCGCUUGCAAGAGGGACUUGGGAGACAGAAGUGCCUGAGACAAACUUUUCCAUUCCCACCAGAGGCUUUAUUUUUAGAUUUGUUUUAUUAUUUCUUUUUUGCUGUGGGUCUGUGAAAAAGGCCCUUUCCUCCUGAGAUUGCUUCAAACUCCCUCCAGCCAAGCCAGGAUACUGUUUCUGAAGCUUUAAAACACGCGACUCCCGCGUCAUUAUCAAACUCCAUUGGCAUAACAGUAAUAGUCUUUUCUAUAAAUAUAUAUUUCUUUUAUUUUUUAAUAUGGUGCAAAUGGCUUUUGCCGUCUGAUUUUAAGUUCGUGCUUUUUAACUUUCCACUUCCUGUUCUGUGUUUAGCGUUUAACAAAAAUAAUCUAACAUUUUAAAAUGAGCCUUUUGCUUUCUACAAACUUUAAAUUAAAAAUAGCAAAUCCAGUGAGUUUGCAGAAAACAAGGGGUGCUGUGUUUUCCCGGGAUCUUUGUUCUACCCAAGGGAUGUGUCGACGGCUUUAUUCCUUCCGAUCAGACGUGGGUGAGCAGAAUUUCAGUGUAACUGUCCUUACGAUAGAGGAGUGACUCUAACCACUAGGAACUGUGUCCUUGUAUCGGUCUACUAUUGCACAAUUUAACCUGUCUCCUUUCUGGUGAGUGGUGUUUCCUUCCCCUCUUCCCUUCUCUUCAUGCAUUUUUAAAGCGACUCUAGAGCUGAUGGCUUCCUGCUUCCGUUGGACAGGGAUGGAUGUUCUUGGAACGUGGUUCAGGAGCAGGAUUUUAUUAUUUCUGUAAGUUUUUUUUGUAUAGACCAAAGCAAAGAAUAAAACUCCGUAACCCCA